AUACUUAUAUGUUUGGGACUCGGGAGUGAAUGAUCAUGACUACUGCAAUUCACUACUUGAGAGUUUGAAAAUGGUACUUGUGCUAUGGUCAAGAGGGACUAAGAACAUGGACUUCCUAACCCUCUUCACUCUUCUACUCUUGUUAUUCAUUCAUACAGCACUCUCUUCUACCCAAUAUCAUGAUGGGAACAUCUUACUCACUCAUCGUAAGAUCUUCCCCAAACAGGAAGCUAUCACCUCGUACGCUGUCAUCUUUGAUGCUGGUAGCACUGGUAGCCGUGUGCAUGUCUUCCAUUUCGACCAGAACUUGGAUCUCCUUCGUAUUGGCAACGAACUCGAGUUUUAUGAUAAGGUAACACCCGGUUUGAGUGCAUACGCAGAUAAUCCUCAACAAGCUGCAGAAUCUCUUAUCCCACUUUUAGAGGAAGCUGAAAGUGUUGUCCCUGAGGACCUGUACCCUACUACACCCGUUAAGCUUGGGGCGACUGCAGGUUUAAGGCUUUUGGAAGGGGAUGCUUCUGAAAGGAUAUUGCAAGCGGUUAGGGAUUUGCUCAAGAACAGAAGUACCCUGAACACUCAACCAGAUGCAGUAGCUAUUAUUGAUGGAACCCAAGAAGGUUCUUAUCUAUGGGUGACAAUUAAUUAUUUAUUGGGGAAGUUGGGAAAAAGGUUUUCAAAGACAGUAGGAGUAGUUGAUCUUGGAGGUGGAUCAGUUCAAAUGGCAUAUGCCAUCUCAAGGAACACAGCAAAAAAUGCUCCAAAACCACCAGAUGGAGAGGAACCUUACAUAAAGAAGCUUGUACUCAAGGGAAAGGAAUAUGACCUCUAUGUUCACAGUUAUUUGCAUUACGGUAGAGAAGCAUCUCGUGCCGAGAUUUUGAAGGUCACUGAUGGCUCCGCUAACCCUUGUAUUUUAGCUGGCUUCGAUGGGACCUACACAUAUUCAGGAGCAGACUAUAAGGCCUUCGCUCCCAUUUCUGGCUCCAGCUACGAUGAAUGUAGAGAGGUUGUUCUUCAAGCUCUCAAAUUGAAUGAGUCAUGCCCCCAUCAAAAUUGCACAUUUGGUGGUAUAUGGGAUGGUGGAAGGGGAAGUGGACAGAAAAUUCUUUUCGGCACUUCAUCUUUCUAUUAUCUGCCUACAGAGAUUGGUAUCAUUGAUCUAAAUAAACCCAACUCCAAAAUUCAUCCUGUUGAUCUUGAGAUUGAAGCUAAACGAGCUUGUGAAACAAAAUUGGAGGAUGCCAAGUCCACCUAUCCAAACCUUGCUGAGGAUAGACUUCCAUAUGUAUGCUUGGAUAUUGCAUACCAGUAUGCAUUGUACACCGAUGGAUUUGGCCUUGAUCCAUGGCAAGAGAUUACAGUGGCAAAUGAAAUAGAAUAUCAGGAUGCUCUUGUGGAAGCUGCAUGGCCUUUAGGCACUGCCAUAGAAGCCAUAUCGUCAUUGCCUAAAUUUGAUCGAUUAAUGUAUUUUAUUUAAAGCUUAUGCUGGGAUAUUUCAGUGUUAAAGGCCACUUUACAAAAAAAGAAAAUAAAUAAAAUAAAACUUAUCCGUCUUAA